CAUAUUUAUGAAAGGAGCAAAACAAUAGAAGAAAUAGUCAAUUUGGGAUUAGAUUAAAAAUGAAGAGAAGGAUUUCUAUUUUAACUACCUAUCUAAGAAAUCUAGAAAUCUAUAGAAGAAAUUAAAGGACAUAGCCGAUUUAGAAGAAUUAGCUAAGACCAAAGAAUUAAAGCCAGAAUAAGUUCAAAAGAUCCAAAGCAAAGAAGAAAACAAUGAAAAAUUAAAGGAAUUAGAAGCCCAACUAUCUAAUUGGCUAUAAGCAAAGAGGGAAGCAGAACAAAGUGGAACACUUCUUACUUAAGAAACAUUCAUUCUCAUUUUAGAGCAUUUAUCUGAAAACCAAGACACACUUGCCCUUCUCUCUCAAGACCAUAAUUCACUUUAUGAACUUGCUAAACUACUUUAAAAUAGAGUGAAUGGGUAAUUGAGAAAGAAGGAUCAACCAUGGAAGGCUUUGAAUGUAAACAUAUAAAAUUUAAAUUUAGUUGAAACAUUAAGUGCAAUCAGAUCCACAACCACAAGAAGCUCAAGAAGUCUAACCAUUAAAAUAAGAGUCGCCUUAGUCCCACCCUAUUGUUGAAACAUAGAAGGAGUAGCCCUAAUAGCAUGAACAAUAUGUAUUAAUUAAAUCUAGUCCAAAAAAAUCAUUCCAAGAAGAAACUAAACCUCAAGUACAUACAACAUAAGAUUAAUAACCUCAUUAACAUUCAGAAUAAAACUAAUAGUAGGAAAAUACUAACUUAGAAUCAAAUACCAAUCAACCCUAGUAAUAAACUUAAGAACCACCUUAGGUUGAUAAUCAAGAGAAUUAAGAGAAGACUCAUUAACAAAGAGAAGGACAUAGAUAACACCACCAACAUGAUAAUCAUAGAAAAGGUUAUAAAAAGAAUUACCACCAUGACAACAAUUAUGAGAGAAAAAAUAAUGGAGAUGAUUAUAAACAGAGACCCUACAGAGGAAAUAGAUAAUAUCAUAAUAGGGACAGAUAAUAAAAGGAAGAGUGGUAAGAAAAGAAGCAAGUCGCUGAGUAAUAAUAGGAUAAUGACCAUUAAAGCUAACAUAGUUCAGACGAAGAAUAUAUUACAAUUGAAAGAAGGUGAAUCAUUUUUGUAUUCUUUUAGAUAAAAAAAGCCAUAGCCAUAAUAGAAAUCGUAGAGAGGUGGAAAUAGAAAUAGAUAAUAAAGAUAAGGAGACACUCAAUAGAAUGUUAAUGCCGAAUGAUGAGAUUAUAUAAUAAU